GCAGCAUCAGCGCAUUCACACCGGCGAGAAGCCGUACUGCUGCACCGAUUGCGGAAAAGCGUUUGUGUGUAAGGUGUACCUCGAGACUCACCAGAAGACUCAUUCCGGAGAGAAGCCGCACUGCUGCAGUGAAUGCGGGAAGCGUUUUAUUCACAAGCGCCACUUCUUGGUGCACCUGAAGACGCACAGCGAAGACAAGCCAUUUAGCUGCAGUGAGUGCGGGAAGAGUUUGACAAACAAAAGAGCCCAUCAGCACCACCAGAGCUGUCACACCGGCGAAAAGGCCUUCUUCUGCAAGGAGUGUGGAAAAACGUUUGCCUACAAGAACAGCCUCAAUUCCACGAGUGAAUUCACACCGGGGAGCAACCGUACUGCUGUAAGGAGUGUGGGAAGAGCUUCAUUCGUAAACUUGACCUUCAACGACAUCAUCUGUCGCACACCGGCGAGAGACCCUACAGCUGCGUGGAAUGAAGAAAGAGGUUCACCAAAAAAAAAGAACCCUUUAGCACCAUCAGCGGCUUCACAGCGAAGACAAGAUAUCCAGCUGCAAGGAGUGUGGGAAGACCUUUACCUACAAGUCAUCCACACGGGAGAGAAGCAGUUCUUGUGCAUGGACUGUGGUCAAGGAUUCACCAAUAAAAGUACCCUGCAAGUCCACCAGAGGAUCCACACUGGCGAGAAGCCCUACUCUUGUACUGAAUGUGGGAGGAGAUUCCGCGUAUCAAACAGUCUGCUGAAGCACAAGAGAAUCCAUGCCAAGAACCUGGCAUCAAACGAGGCAGAGAAGCUUGCAGGAGAGUGA